CUCUGCAGCCAUUGUACAAGAAAACCGACACUCACGUCUCUCUCUCUCUUCCUCUCUGUAAACAAAAAUGGCCGCCGAAGUGAGCUCGCUCGUGCGAGUUCUUACAGGCUACAACAAAGACGACCGUCAUCGGACGGUCGGAAACGAUUCCGCCGCCGAGAAAUUAACGCCUCUGAUCACCCGAGACUUACUCAGCGGCGGCUAUUCCAAAUAUACAGAGUCCCAAGAAUUGGACCUCGAUCUCCAUGUCCCUUCCGGCUGGGAAAGACGACUCGAUUUGAAGUCAGGGAAAACGUUUAUCCAAAGAUGCAAUGUUCAAGAUUUCAACAACAAUCAAACAGUACCAAAGCUUCAAGAUUUGAAUUUUCCACCGUCACCCAAUUUCUCUAAAUUUCAAUCGUCGAAUCAUUUGGUUGAUGAAACCAGUUUGGAUUUGAAAUUGGUUUCGUCGUUAUCGCCGUCGCCAUCGCCGUCGUCGCCGAGGAGUAAUUAUCAGAGCGUUUGUACUUUGGAUAAGGUCAAAUCGGCGCUCGAACGGGCCGAAAGAAAUCCCAUCAGAAAACGAUCGUCGUUGUGGAAAUCAUCGCCGUCGCCGUCGUAUUCGUCGUCGUCGUCAUCAGCGAUGGCGGAGAAAGAGUUUCGAGAUGAAGACAACUUGAAAUCUUUGUCGUCGCCGAUCGCCGCCGGCUGCCCUGGGUGUUUGUCGUAUGUGUUGGUGAUGAAGAACAAUCCGACGUGCCCACGGUGUAACUCCGUCGUGCCGUUGCCGGCGCCGAAGAAACCUCGGAUUGAUCUGAACAUUUCGAUUUGAUUUCAAAGAGAUGGAAAAGUAUAUGGAGGGACAGAAAUUAUCAUCUUCAAGACAUAGAUUUUUUUUUUUUUUUUUCGAAUUUUUUUUGGGUAGUUGUACUUAGAAACUAUAUGUUAAAAAAAAGGCGCAAAAGGAAAGGUGGGGAUUUUAAUUCUCUUAGUACAAUUUCUUAUAUGAUAAUUUUAUCUCUUAAUUAUUUUGUUGUCCUUUUUUUGUUUUUUGUUUUACUACAACAAUGACACGUAUAGUAAAUCCAACCCUUCGAGUUAAA